GUCGUUGUGCAGUCCUACAUGAAAGGCCUGCUGUAUGUCUCCCUCUCCACAAGCACCGUCCUACAGGUGGAGGCGCUCCAGCUCGACAGGGAUGGCCAGCCCGUCCGACGCGUCGACGACGACAUCAUCAGCGGGUACCCGUCGCGGCCCGGGUGCUACUUCCGCCAGCCUUCCAAGUGCCCAGCGAGGCCCAUGAAGACGUCAAUGUGGAGGCGCGACACCUGGGCCGAGGAGCACGGGGUCGACGAGGCGGGGUGCAGGGACCGUAAGGGCUUCUGGGACAGAUACUGCGAGGCCGAGGACACGAAGGUGGUGCACAUCGGGGGAGAGGACGGCGACGUGCCCGACCCCCAGAGCCCGGACCCCGGACAGAUACUGCGAGCCCGGCCCCCAGAGAGCCCUUCCGACGCCGACAUCGUCAACGGGACCCCAUCGCAGGCUGGCUCCUUCUCAUGCAGUGAAGGCGCUGGAGCGAGGACCACGACCACCUUGGUCGACCAGACGUAAGAGUGACCUUUCGCCGGAGUGACCUUUGGUGCGGGCCCACCGGGGCCCCCCGAUGACCGAGCGCGAUGCGGUAGUCGCGUCUCGCGCGCUCGUGUUUGGCCCCCCUGUGGCCCCCCAAAAAGCUGCGCACCAAAGGUCACUCUUACCCAGGGUCACUCUUGCGUGUAGCCGAUGAAGGCACUGGAGCGAGGACCACGACCACCUUGGGCUCAGGGGGGGGUGGUCCGGUGUUCGGGCCGCUCCUCGGGCCUGGGUUUUCGAGGGGCCUCUCUUCGUGGCCGAGGCCUGCCGCGGCCAUGGAAGCCCCACCGCUCUUCGUCCAGCGGUCCUUACAGUCGGGGCGCUGCAGAAGGAACCCUUUUCGUUGGGGAGGGGCUCGGUGUUCUUUGAUUGUUCUGCAG